GCCACUCUCCUCCUGUGAAGCUGACGCAAGGUUGCACGUUAGGAGCUGGAGGCGUCGCCGGUGUUCGCUUCUAAAGGACAAUUUGAGUUUUUUGUCAAAGAAAACUGACGCUUUUCUUCUUCAGCGAGCUGUUGUUAGAGGCUGGCCGACAUGGCGACGGAGAUAACUGAAGGUGUGGCCCAAGUUUCGGUCGCGGAGCUCUACGUCUCAGACAAAUGCGGCAGCGACCAGGAUGGAGACGGGUCGCAGCAGAAACCCUUCAAAACUCCCCUGAAGGCUCUGCUGUUUGCUGGGAAGGAGCCGUUCCCCACCGUCUACGUGGAUUCCCAGAAGGAGGGCGAGCGCUGGGCGGUGAUCUCAAAGACGCAGAUGAAGAACGCCAAGAAAGCCUUCAACCGCGAGCAGAUGAAGAACGACAGCAAAGACAAAAAAGAGGCUGAGGACAACGAGAGGAGGGAGAAGAACCUGGAGGAGGCCAAGAAGAUCGUCAUCGAGAACGAUCCCAGCCUGCCGGAGCCCGAGACGGUGAAAAUCCAUAAACUGGAGGCCAAGCGAGGUCAGCGGGUGAAGGUGUUCGGGUGGGUUCACCGCCUCAGGAGGCAGGGAAAGAACCUGAUGUUUAUCGUGCUGCGCGACGGAACGGGCUUCCUCCAGUGUGUGCUGUCUGACAAACUGUGUCAGUGCUACAACGGGCUGGUGCUGUCCACAGAGAGUACCGUCGCUCUGUACGGGACCAUCACGCCGGUUCCUGAGGGGAAACAGGCCCCCGGUGGCCACGAGCUGCACUGCGACUUCUGGGAACUGAUCGGGUUAGCUCCGGCGGGCGGCGCCGACAACCUGCUGAACGAAGAGUCGGAGGUGGACGUCCAGCUGAACAACCGGCACAUGAUGAUCCGAGGAGAGAACGUCUCCAAGAUCCUGCGAGUGAGGUCGACGGUGACGCAGUGCUUCAGGGAUCACUUCUUCAGCCGCGGGUAUUACGAGAUCACUCCUCCCACGCUGGUGCAGACUCAGGUGGAGGGCGGCUCCACGCUGUUUAACCUCAACUACUUCGGCGAGCAGGCGUACCUGACCCAGUCCUCCCAGCUCUACCUGGAGACCUGCAUACCCGCCCUGGGCGACACCUUCUGCAUCGCCCAGUCCUACCGGGCCGAGCAGUCCCGAACCCGCAGGCAUCUGUCUGAGUACACUCACAUCGAGGCCGAGUGUCCCUUCAUCACAUUUGAGGACCUGCUGACCAGACUGGAGGACCUGGUGUGUGACGUGGUGGACCGCGUCCUCAAAUCUCCCGCUGCUCAGCUGCUCUAUGACAUCAACCCGGACUUCAAACCUCCGAAGAGACCCUUCAGGAGGAUGAACUACACGGAGGCCAUCGAGUGGCUCAGAGCGCACGACGUGAAGAAGGACGACGGCACCUACUACGAGUUUGGAGAGGACAUCCCUGAAGCUCCGGAGAGGCAGAUGACCGACUCCAUCAACGAGACCAUCCUGCUCUGUCGUUUCCCCGCUGAGAUCAAGUCCUUCUACAUGCAGCGCUGCCCGGAGGACCGGCGCCUCACCGAGUCGGUGGACGUGUUGAUGCCGAACGUCGGGGAGAUCGUCGGAGGAUCGAUGCGUAUCUGGGACUCUGACGAGCUUCUGGAGGGCUACAAGAGGGAGGGCAUCGACCCGACUCCCUACUACUGGUACACGGAUCAGAGGAAGUACGGCACGUGUCCCCACGGCGGCUACGGUCUGGGCCUGGAGCGCUUCCUCACCUGGCUGCUGAACAGACACCACAUCCGGGACGUGUGCCUGUACCCGCGCUUCAUCCAGCGCUGCCGGCCCUGAACGCACCACUACGUCAGCUCAGACCGUCUGCGUCUCAGCAGCGAGAGCCGAGACGUGUCGCCGCAUGCUAACGCUACAGAAGUCCUAGUUUCCACCUCUAAACGUGUUUAAAAAAAAAAUGUCUUCGUCCAAUCAGGCGUGACGCUCAGUAACAAAUAACUUAACCAGCUUCAGUCUCACACCGGUAAAAUGAUUAUGGUUCAGCGUCGGGUUUAACCAGCGAAAUGUGAAGCUUGUUGAUGUUUAGAAGAGAAGGAAAGUUUAUCUGCCGAGAAAUUAAAGCUGCAGGAAGCAAUUUUCCUUCUUUAUGACGCGAGACAAAGGAGAUGUGUGUGAUUACUGCUGAAUGCCUCAUUGUUGUGCUGCAUAAAGUUUAUUUCCAGCUGACCAUUUUCUGCCUCCCGGAGUGAUUUUGUGACUGAAAGAACUGUAAGAACAUCUCAGCCGCGUUUUAGUUCAGGUUAUUUUUUAUUUUUCCAUCAUGACUUAAAAGAACAAAUUAGCAUCAACUGAAGGGAAAAUGUUCACAUUUAUUUUCUAUUCCAAAGUUUUCAUUGUGUUUAAUAUUAUUGCAGACAUUCAGCAGUUUAACCUCAAAGUUGGAGCAAAUAAUCAGAAAUAAAAACUACUUGAUGAACUCGUGA